AUGGGUUGCGUUCUGCUGUUACUACUAUUUUCUGCUCCUGUCCUGAGCCUCGUUAAUGGAAUCAACGUAGAACAAGAUUUCAGCUGGCAGUUAACAAAAGUACCGCAGAUUGUGAAAGGGAAGACUUUGUCCCUGGAGAGCCCUGCAUUUGAAGCCAGUGCCAGAUUGGAGCUGAGAGGCGUAUGUGGGAUUGAAUGCCAGCGGAGGCUCCCGGGGCCGCAUCUGUCUGAUAUUAACGAGCUGCUCUCCUAUGAGACGGUCUUUGAGAACGGCACACGGACCCUGACAGAAGUGAGCGUCCUGGGGGCAGAGCUUGACCCCGUUGCAAACGCCACCGCAGAGGUGUUAUCGAGACGAAAGAGGCAAGUGUAUGGCACCGACAGCAGGUUCAGUAUUUCGGACACGCGCUUCCUGACCAACUUCCCUUUCAAUACGGCCGUGAAGAUCUCCACGGGCUGCAGCGGCAUUCUCGUUUCCCCGAAGCAUGUGCUGACGGCUGCUCACUGUGUGCAUGAUGGGAAAGAAUACAUCAAAGGCAGCAAGAAGCUGAGAGUGGGCUUAUUGAAGCUGAAAUCCAAAGGCAGUAGUAGCAAGAAACACCGGGGUUCCAGAAGGAGUAAAAGGGAGGAACUGGAUCUCAAGGCUUCUCACACAACUGCCGAACAGCUGAAGCGGGGAUCCAGCAGUAGAGCUGGCCGAAGACAAAAGGCAUCUGGGAUGAGUGAGAAGAAAUCUGAGCGUAAGCCCUCUUUCCAGUGGACACGAGUAAAAAGUACACAGAUCCCCAAAGGCUGGUUGAGAGAUGUAGCAGGAGAUGUGGCCAUAGAUUAUGAUUAUGCCGUGCUGGAGCUCAAGCGCCCCCACAAGAAGAAAUACAUGGAUCUGGGCAUCAGUCCAGAUAGCAAGAUGAUGCCUGGAAGCAUGAUCCACUUCUCUGGGUUCGACGCCGACCGAUCUGGCCAGCUGGUCUAUCGAUUUUGUAGUGUGUCCGAUGAAUCUAGUGAUCUCUUCUACCAGCAUUGUGAUGCCGAGUCUGGCUCUACGGGAUCUGGAAUCUACCUGCGCCUUAAAGAAGGAGACAAAAAGAAAUGGAAGCGCAAAAUCAUUGCUAUUUACUCAGGUCAUCAGUGGGUGGAUGUCAACGGAGAGCAGCAGGAUUACAAUGUGGCAGUUCGAAUAACUCCCCUCAAAUAUGCCCAGAUUUGCCUCUGGAUACACGGGACUGACAAGAACUGUGUACAGGGCUGAUG